CCCGUUAAAGGGCGGCACCGGCGGGGCGGUGGAGGCAGAGCGGGCUGGGUCCGGACGGGACGGAGUGUUGGGAUCUGCUCUGCGUUCAGGUGCAAAGAUGGGGUGCUUCACCUUUAUCAAGGUCAUGAUGAUCCUCUUCAACCUGGCCAUCUUCCUCGGUGGCGGGACCCUCCUGGGAGUUGGCAUCUGGGUCAAAGUGGAUGGAGAGUCAUUCCUGAAAAUAUUUGGGGCGCUCUCCUCUAGCGUCCUGCAGGUUGUGAAUGUGAGCUAUCUUCUCAUCGUCAUUGGUGCCAUCCUGCUGGUGAUCGGCUUCCUCGGGUGCUAUGGCGCCCAGAAGGAGAGCAAAUGUCUCCUGAUGAUGUUCUUCUCAGUGGUGCUGAUCAUCUUCAUUGCUGAAGUUGCUGCUGCCGUGGUGGCUCUGGUCUUCACAGGUCUUGCAGAGACAUUGCUGACAGGUCUGGUGACCCCUCUCCUGAAGGAGAGGUAUGGGGUGAACGACACAUUCACGCACAUCUGGAAUGCCACCAUGGAAGAGGUUCACUGCUGUGGCCUGAAUAACUACACGGACUUCAACAACUCCUACUUCUAUAAGACGUACAACAGCUACCCCAGGCAGUGCUGUGACAUGCUGGAGCCCUGCAACGACACGCUGGCUGCAGAAAAGGACAUCGAGGGCUGUUUCAAACAGAUCUUGGAAGAAAUCAAGACAAACGCAGGAGUGGCAGGCGGCGUGGCAGCCGGCAUCGCUGCCUUGGAGAUCGCGGCCAUGGCAGUUUCCAUGUACCUGUACUGUUGGCUGGAUGAGAAGUGACCCCCCGAGGCAGGAGGAUGACCUGCCAACCCCCAUGCCGGGGUGCACCCGUGGCGUGCCAUGCUCUCGGGGGGACCCCGUCCCUCUCUGGGUCUGAUGCUCUCCUGUGCACUGUGAUUUAUAGCUGUAUUUUGAUCUACUGAGCUGGGAUCUGUAGAGUUUGUGUAUAUUUUUGUACUGAUAUGGUAUAUGGAGUCUGUACAUAGAGAUUUGGGGUGGUUUUUGAUUGGGGGGGUUGUUGGGAGAAGCUGCUCGGUCCGUUUGGCUGAUACCAGCAAGUGAUAAAGCAGCACAGGGCUGAUACCAGCCGGUGAUGAAGGCAGUUCAGGGCUGCUGAUCUGCCAAUGGCACAGCAAUGCCUUGAUAAACUCCUGGAGGCGGGUGCUGUACCUCUCCCACGCUGUCCCCAUCGUGUCCCCCUGCAUCAGUUUUAGGUGGUAACUACACCCUCAUAGGGCAUGUAUCUACUCUUGCACCCAUUUUCUGCCACCCCUGGCCUUGUUGCCAUGUUGUCCCCUAAAAGAAGGGCUGGCUGGGUGCUGAUUGGUCUCUGCCCCUUCCCUGGCAUGAAGACAGCCCUGGUGGUCCCUGGCUCUGCAGGGGCUGGGGCUGCCCCUUAUACCCCCUGACAUUUUGUGCCUAAGCCCCUCUCCACGCUGUAAAGAAAUGCAAAUAAAUUUUUCAUCUUGGAUACAAAUUA